CUCUCUACAGUCCUCUAUAUCUAGGACUAUAUCUUAGACUCCCUGGGCAGUCCAUUGCAUCAUCCUAAUUGGAUAUCCUUAUGGUGAGGGACGCGGCUGGUCCACUGCGUCCGGAGUGUACAGUCAGCAGACAAGUUGUUGGCAGAGGGCCUACACACGCUAUUUUGUGACGUCGUUGGGACUUAAAGAAUCAUUUCAGGUUUCGGCGAAACGACAGUUGUAUACGAGCUCAUUACUUGUAGCAAUUCAACCAAGGAGGUAAUUCAGCAAUUGCUUCGAGACCCAUGCCGAUCUACCGUCGAUGUGCGUAUAUCCAUCCUUCAAGGAGGAGACUUUAGGAUUGACAUUCACUGCCGAAAAAAGGCACCAAAUGCAACCAAACUGACCACCCUGGCAGCGAUCACGUCUCGACCUGAAGGAUGGCAUCGUGGCAAUCUCCGGGUGGAGCACGACCCAAGGCGCGUCCAACUUCAACACGGUACGGCGGAAGGCAGAGGGAGAAAUCACCGGACAACUGGCGUAGUGGAGGUCAGGAGAGUGGUAAGGAAACAAGAUACGAUUGGCGAGGGGCUGGAUCAAAACAGAGGGUCGGGUAUACAAUACCUACUGCGAGAACAGACGAGAUCUCUGAGAGGAAUUGGCGCGAUGCUGGGGUUGCUGAUCCGAAUCGAUCACCGGUACAUAAGCAGAAUGUACCUUUGUCAACAACAGGGAGAUUCCGUCAUGGUGUCGAUCCGGAAUGGCACUAUGAUGAAGAACUGUGUUCCGAGCCGAGAGAUGCAGGCGCAUCUUCUGAAAACUGGCGUGAGGAACCACCGGUAGAAUCCGAGGGUCAAAAAAGCUUUGGAACAGCUGAUACGUGGAGGCUGUUAGACAAAGACAGGGAUUAUGAGGGCCCUUCUCGAACAAGUGAAACAGAGGAUACUGAGCUUGCGAGUGCAAAGGAAAGGGAUUCUGGCUCAGGGAGAAAUUUUGAAGUCCAGUGGAGGAGAGGAAAUAUGGACGAUUUUAACUCAGGUUCAACAGUGCAUCCGAGUACCACUCAAACCAGCAACGAGUUGACAGUUGCGGAUCUAGAAAUGUUGCGCAACAGCAGUGUUGGGGAUAUUCUAAACUUCCUUAACUCGAAUAGAAAGAAGCUUCGAACAUUUCUAGACGUACCUCCAGAACUGGGGACAAGUGAGAACUUUCUUGGGGUCAUUUCCAAGGUAAUCCGUUCAGACACGUAUGUCAAAGAUAUUGAGGAGCUCAUGAGCCAUUUGGCAAAGUCUCUUCUGUUCUUUCCGUCAGUUGUAGCUAUGUUCAAUUCAGGUGUUACUGCCGAGAUGUCUCGGGCGAUUUAUGAUACUCUGCUGAUUAUGCGAUAUCUCUUGAGCAGUCUUCCUGCGAUCUCGUACGAGAUGGUCAUGGUGUUGUUACCAAAGAUUGAACUACUCCUGAAGAAGAGAGGCAUCGAAAAGGAAAGUGACCUUUUUGUCGAAAUGCAGAAAGUCAAAUUACUCUUGGAAGCAACCUUGGAAAGGAUCAUUGCUGGUGAUACACUGGAAGACGAUGACACCAGUGAGGAUUACACUCAGUUUCUCAAUAUGUCGAUUCUUCCAAUGAUCAGCGAUAUUGGACCAAAUAGCAAGCCACCAGAUCUGGCGGAAAACAUUGUGAGAGGAAGGUACCGGAACGGAUUGCACUACCUUAGCACUCAGUUCUGCCUGCUGCGAGAAGACCUUCUCGCACCUCUUCGAUGCUGUAUAAAACAAUACAGAGAGAAUCAAGCCAUUCGCAAAAAGGUAUCAAAACUAGAUGAAGGAUAUUGCUACAAUGAUGUCAGACUUUUAAACUUUGAGACAGGUCCAAAUGGAUUAGGAUGUAGAUUAGAGUUUGAUGCUUCUCGUCUUGAAAAGGUCAACUGGGAUAAGAGACUUCUUCACGGGAACCUUGUGUUGCUGUCUUCUGACGGUUUUGAUACCUUUUUCUGCGCCACUGUUUUGAAGAGAGAAGAGAAAUACCUGCUGAAAGGAAACGUCACUGUGGCGAUUGAACACGGUUUUCUUGCUUUUGCAGGCAGCUGGAAAACUAUGGCCAUGAUUGAAGGAUCCUCCUUCUUACCUGCCUACCAGUUUGUCCUCAGAAGACUUCAGGCACUUGGUGAUCUUUCCUCUGAUGGGCAGGAUAUACCGUUCCAGAGGUAUCUGGUGAAAUGUCAUAAGGACAUCAAGGCACCUGCAUACUUGAACGGAAACUCGAUGAUUGAUUUCAGCAAGAUCUCUCUGAAGUACAUGAAACAAUCUGAGCAUUAUGAUGUUUUAAUGUACAAAACGCAGAAAAUUGAUGUCACUGAUCACAGCAGCUGGGAUAAUCUAUCUGGCAAGGGUCUGGAGUCCUCCCAGCUGGAUGCUUUGCGCAGCAUGUUCACCAACGAGUUAUGUGUUAUCCAGGGUCCACCAGGGACAGGCAAAACAUUUAUUGGUCUCCGCUUUGUUGAGAUACUUCUCGCGAACCGUAAAGUAUGGAAGCCUGACAAUGGUCAUGGCAAAAUCAUGGUCGUGUGCUUAACGAAUCACGCCUUGGAUCAGUUUCUUGAAGGAAUAGUCGACCUGUAUGGCAUCAGUGAUGGAAGCGGCCAAGACGUCGGCCUGCAUGAUAUUAAUAGAUUCAAAGUCGUCAGAAUUGGUGGAAAUUGCAAGAAUGAGAAACUGCAGCGGUACACAUUGGUGGAACAAAGAAAACUGGCAGGCAACAAAGAUAUACGCCGAAGACUGUGGGAAAUUUAUGAACAAUUAGAAUUGCUUGGCUAUUGUUUUCAUACUACUCGAGUGCAAAUAAAACCAUCACAAGUUAAAGUCAGUGAUGUGCUGAGCAAGGUUCCUCCCAAGCACUUGAACGGUCUCAGAAAUUCGGGCUUGGAAAUCGUCAAGGCAUUGAUGAUUUGGCUAGAAGGCAGAAGCCUUACGGAUGCAGUUAGAUACCAAGAAGAGGACAACAAUAUUGAAGAAGAUAAUGAGGGGUGGGGUGUUGCGAGGCAAGGACACAAUCGGCGAACAAGGUUUCAGACCGGAGCACCAAGUAUGCUCCCUUUUGCUACACGGAGACAUUUGGAUAGGACCGCCCCCAUGAGUCAAAGUGAAGCUGACAGCAUCAAUGAUGUCUGGGAGCUGCCUGUAAAUGCCAGGCGCGCACUGUAUGUUCAGUGGGCACUUAUCGUAAUGGAAGGGCCCAGCUAUGAAGAAGUAACAUUACUGCAGACUGAACUGGAAGAGUUUUGCCGCGAAAUGGAUCAAAUUCGUGCUCUCACAAACUUCAGAGUGGUUAACACUGCGGAGAUAAUUGGUAUCACAACGACAGGAGCAGCUAAGUACUAUGAUUUGAUCAAGAAGGUGAAGCCAACGAUAGUUAUAGUCGAAGAAGCUGCGGAGGUCCUCGAGGCUCACAUUGUGACAGCCCUGACAGAAAACUGCGAACAACUUAUCCUGAUUGGUGAUCACAAGCAGCUCCGUCCCAACCCCACCACGUACAGACUGGCCAGAGAAUACAACCUUGAUAUUUCCCUGUUUGAACGCAUGGUUAGGAACAAACUACCCGUGUCCACACUAGCAUUCCAGCAUCGCAUGCGGCCAGAGAUAUCCCAGUUCUUGGUGCCACACAUCUAUGCCACACUGAACGAUCAUGAAGAGGUAACUCAGUUACCCGACAUACUUGGCGUCCAAGGGAAUGUUGUCUUCUUCAACCAUGACAAACCAGAGGAGGGUGAAGAUGAGAGAAGGAGUCACUCCAAUCUCUACGAAGCUGAAAUGGUCGUUGGCCUGUGUGCCUACCUUUUAAAACAGGGUUACAAGGAAAGCCAAAUAACAAUCCUCACCAUGUAUACUGGACAGGUGUUCCAAAUAAACGAACGACUGGAAAAAUUGGAUUAUUCUGGUGUCCGGGUGGUGCCUGUUGACAACUUCCAAGGAGAGGAAAAUGACAUCAUUCUCAUGUCAUUUGUGAGGAGCAACAACGGAAGAAAGAUAGGGUUUUUGAAGGCAUCGAACAGGAUCUGCGUGUCUCUGUCGAGAGCAAAGCGAGGCUUGUAUUGCGUCGGUAACUUCAACAUGUAUGCAAACGUGAAUGUCCUUUGGCGAGAUCUUGUACAAGAUUUCAAAAGCAAGGGAGUUCUUCAAGACCAUUUCUCACUCGUCUGUUUAAACCAUUCCACAACAACUCGCGUGGCAGAACCGGGAGAUUUUAAGAAGGUACCGAGUGGGGGCUGUGCCUUACCUUGUGGGCGUCGUCUUGACUGUGGCCAUACAUGUUCACUGUCGUGUCAUCCUUGUGACCCAGGGCACAAGGAGUUCCUAUGCUAUAAGCCGUGCGAGAAGAAAUGCAAGAACGGACAUCUUGGUUGUAAUCUCGUUUGCCAUGAGGAUUGCAAACCAUGUCGCUUCAGCGUUUCAGUCGAAAAGGAAGAAUGUGGACACAAGUACAACACAGAAUGCGCCAAAGCUGAUGGACCAUGCUCCAUGCCUUGUGAGCGUCUCCUUUCCUGUGGGCAUGUUUGCAGAAAUGUAUGUGGUCUCCCAUGCACUGAAGAAAAGCAAUGCAAGACGCAGGUUACAGUGGAAAAGCCAUGUGGUCACACCUAUGAAACGGACUGCGGCAAGAAGGAUUUCCCGUGUGCUCUUCCAUGCAAAAAGAAACUUGAAUGUGGUCACCUGUGUGAAAAUAAAUGUGGAGAUGAAUGCGCUGUUCGUUGUAUGCAGCCGUGCUUGAAGAAGAGAACAUGUGGACAUGAUUGCAACUUGAAAUGUUACGAGUUCUGUGCCUAUGGAGGGCCAUGUAAGGAAACUGUGCAGAGAGUCCUUCCUUGUAGCCAUGCUGUUGACAUACUCUGCUGUGAUAUGAAUAAACCAAUUCAAUGCAAGGAGAAGAUCACAGUUAAACUGGAUUGUGGACAUGAAAUAGUGAUAACCUGUCACAAAAACAAGGAGGACUACAGGUUCCAGUGUACUGUUAAAGAGGAGUUUGCUUUACCAUGUGGACAUAUUGGCACAAGAGAGUGUAGGCAAAGUCAGACGGACGCAGAAGGGAGUGCACUUUGUGAGGCAAGAGUUCUCGUUGAACUGGACUGUGGUCAUCGCCAGGAGGUAGCUUGUCAUGCAGCCGCCAAAGGAACAUGCGUGUGUAAUGCAGUCGUGGAGAGAGCUUUGCCAUGCGGACACAUCGCAGCAAUCGAAUGUUGUGUCGAUCCAGCAACAACAGUAUGCCAUAUCACUUGCUCUACUCGCCUUAAGUGUGGCCACUUUUGCCAGGGUACCUGCUCAAGCUGCUGUCUCGUCCACACACAAUGCCAACUCCCGUGCCAAAAACUGCUGCUGUGUUCUCAUCCGUGCCAAGGUAUCUGUGGCGAGACGUGUCUUCCUUGCGACCAGGAUACGGAAGUCCACUGCAGCCAUGGGAUCCUUGGAUACAUGAAAUGUACUACUAGAAAGGUCUUUGGUUCGUGUCGCAAACAGUGUGCAUGGGAGUGUGUGCAUCAUCGAUGCACGAGGGCGUGCUAUGAAAAGUGUGACCGCCCCGUUUGCGACGAACCAUGUCAAAAGAGGUUACGUUGCGGUCAUCCGUGUAUGGGACUGUGUGGAGAAUUAUGUCCAAAUGUAUGCUUCAGGUGCAAUCAAAAUCUUGGAAAGAUGCUUGGAGGAAAGGUUGCCAGAUUUAUCAGCCUUCGCCCAUGUGGCCACAACAUACCAGUUACCAAGAUGGAUAAACUUAUGGAAUGCACCAGCGGCGAAGGUGUUCAGGAAGUCCAGGUCAAAUGCUGCCCACGAGAGAGGUGUGGAAGACCAAUUCUCUUCUGUCCCCGCUACAAGAACGCGAUCAUGGAUUACACGUACGUCAUGCUCAGAGAGAAUGCGAUCAACAGCGGAAGCUGCAGAGACAAACCUGUUGCUCUGUCCUGUUUUGAAAACAUGACAGAGUACAGAGCAGCCCUUGAAACGGCACUUUCUGGGACUGAAUCAUACCUCACGCUCGCAGAUUUCAGUGACAUUCUACUCACCCUCACAAGUCGACUUGCACAAAAGGCAACUUCUUUCGGCCAUACCGAAAUGGAUAUCAUCAAGACACUCGUAGAGUGUUCCUUGCUCCAUCUGGAGCUCAUGAAGGAAACUGGGUCUUGCGGGCUCUGCCUCAAGCCUUUAAGUCAAGGAUGUGACUGCCUCCUUCCAGCGAGAAGAUUCAAGAGCAUGAGUGGAGAUGAUCGAGCAAAACUUGUCGAGCUCCGGAAGCAGUACAGUAAGACAGUAUAUACGACGGAGCUGUCGCCGAUGUCGCGAGAUCCCGUAGAAGAGCAUAAGUGGUACAGAUGUCCGAAUGGGCACUUUCUUCACCUUAGAGAAUCUGAUGCAGUGACCAGCUGCAAGAAAUGUGCCACUGGUUCCGCAGGCAACGAGUUGGAAAGAGAACUGAGACGACAGAAUGUUAGAGAUCUCCAAGAUCGUGUUCAAGAACGGCACUUCGGUGGGGAUGUGGACAGAAGGAACAACGACGUUGUUCGAGCCCGGGUUCCAGCCGAUAUAGUAGAGUUGUUUGGUGCAUAUGACUACGCGGACUUUCUAGAAGCCUGAUCGGUUAAUUCAGCGGGAAAAGCAUUCAGAAUUCGGACAUGUUACCCGGUGUCGAGGAACUGUCCAAAUCUGGAAAGGUCGGCCGAGGAAAUUGGGUGACAAAUUUCUGACAUCGUUCUCAAUUUGGACACAUCCUGGUGUACUCAGAGUCAGAAGUGUCAGUUAUUGGAGUGGUGCACAGGCCAAACUCUGAUUUUGGUUAAUUUUUUUUCUCCAAAUUUGGAUUUCUUUCCGACUAGAUGACUUUUGUCUGUCCAGAUUUUGAAACGGACCCUGGGGUUAGUGAGUGUAUCCUAGAUCCCUCACUUUAAAAAAAGUACCUGAAAAGAGUGAGAGCAUGGUUUGGGGUUCUAAUGUGAUAGUCCAACAUCAUGUAAAAUCAAUUAUUAUAGGCCUAGAUAUGGCUUUGAAUUAUGCAGCUUGUAUUGAUAAUAUUUUAGUGCAAUGAAGAACAAUGUAUUGUUCUUCAUUUGAUUUUUGGUUUAUUUGUUAUUUGCUAUUGAUCCUUGUGGAGUUGGUUUAUCGUCGAUGGAUGUUUAGUGUCAGUUCGUUAGUUUCCGUGGCGGCGAGGUAUUAACACCAUUCCGAGCUGGAUUGGUAAGCCUCCGGAAGAUACUUUAUAAUUUUCAUCAGUUUCUCGCACAUCAAACUGGAAACUUUGUGCAAUACGGCGAUGUAAUGUUUCUGGUGUGAAAGGAGGCGGUCCUCAGUCCUGGAAAGUGUGUCCGGCGACGGAACAAAAAUGUUGACCUUCACCGGUAUCAAAUUCGAGGUUUCAGUGUGAGUAUUGUGUCUGAUCCUUAGUGUUGCCAUGUGCAAAAACCAUUAUAUCAAUAGGUUCACGAUGGAUACGUAUCUUUUUCGAAAAGGAUCCUUUAGAAUUUGCUAAUAGUUGCGUUAAUAUCUUUAUUUUCUGCUGGAUUGAAACCAGCAGCAGUUUGAUUGCUGUAGAUGUAUUAAGGUAAUUACUUUAUGACAAUUAAGUUAUAUCACACAAAGUGGAUGUGAAGGGUUUGACGUGCCUGCUUUUGAAAAGGGGGGCAAACGACAAAAUGAUAGUUGAAAAUGAAUUGCAACUGCAUUCAUUGCGAUCUCACAGCUAAUGUGCCUUCCUCUGUCUUUGGAUGAUAAGCUGCACAACCAUUAACAUAUCAUUAAAAGGAGGACAGUGAAUUUGUCAGCUGAGUAAAAAGAAGGGGACGUGUGUGGAAAAUGACUCACGUCACAACUUCUUCGGGUUAUAUUGAUGUAUCAACAAACGCUAUGUAUAUUUAGUUUAGUAUCGUGAAUAAAUGACGAACUGU